AUGUCAGACAAACAAGACCCAACUCCUGUCAAAGCCCUCCAUCCCGUCUACACGGUCACGAACAUACAGAACAAGAUCCGCACCCUUGAUGGUACCAAGGUAUCAUACUCUUCAUGGGUUCGCUUGUUCAAACUUCAUGCUAGAGGUUACAGAGUCCUUGCCCAUAUCGAUGGUUCCGACCCUCCAUCCAAGACUGACCCGACCUAUGAAAACUGGUCAGAGAUUGAUGCCAUCGUCCUCCAAUGGAUUUAUGGAACGAUUUCAGAUGAUCUCCUUGCGCGAGUACUUGAACCGGACUCUACAGCAUAUGAAGCCUGGUUCAAAAUUCAGAAUAUCUUCCUCAACAACAAAGGAUCUCGUGCUGCUGCUCUUGAACACGAGUUCACAAACCUUACCCUUCGAGCAAUGUCGUCCCUUGAAGCUUAUUGCCAACGUCUCAAAGAUCUGGCAAGUCAACUAAAUGACGUCGAUUGCCCUGUCAACGAGAAACGUUUGGUUCUUCAACUUAUCCGCGGGUUGCCAUCUGAAUUUGACACAGUCGGCGCCUACAUCAAUCAGACCCUACCUCCAUGGGAUACCACGUGCUCCAUGCUUCAACUUGAAACCCAGCGACAACGUGCUCGAGACUCACACUCAUCCACAGAGAUCGUUGCUGCUGUUGAACACAACCCACCAGCAAACUCUAAUUUCCGACGUGGCGAAUCUGGAAACAGAGGCCGCCCUAACCAGCAACGCAACACAAAUCGUCGAGCACCUGUAUCUGCAUCUCCUUCUCGACCUGGUUAUACGUCUUCUGGUCGGCCAACACAAACCCAGUCAAAUAAUCGCAGAAGCCCUAUGUCCAAUCAAACACGCCCUACCUGGGCCGGAUACCCACCACCAUUCUGGGCCCACCCAUAUUGGGCUUCACCACCACCUUGUCCAUAUCCCACUCAAGCUGGAUGGGCUUCUCCCUGGCCUACCUCUUCUGCCCAGCAGCAACCACGGCAACCACUAGCUGAAGCCAAUCUUACAGAAGUAAACCCACUUGAACAUUCGGAACUCGGGGCUGCCUUUUUAGCUAUGACUCUGGACCAAGAAAAUGAUUGAACCCUCUCCUCUCUUCUUCCACCCACCAACCACAUCAAUCUCCGCUCCCACCGAAACCACUUUUUCCUCUCCCUCUUCCAACCAAACCCCCGGCACCACUUCGUCCCAACCUACCCCUCCCCCACCCUCAUACUACCCAUUUACUUACUCCCGGCGAACCCAACCAACCCCUCUACCUCCGCCACCCCCACCUACAUCCUGUCAUCCCAUGACCACCCGCUCCAAAGCUGGAAUCACCAAACCAAACCCACCACUCAACCUUCACACCAACACCAACACCAACACCUCCACCAUCUCACCUCUUCCCAAAUCCCACAAACAUGCCCUAUCUGA